AUGGAAAACAUAUUUCCAUACAAAAACUUGUAUGCAAAUAUUCAUAAGAGCCAAGAAGUGGAGAUAACCAUCAACAAAGGAAUGGGAAAACCAAGUGUGAGGCCACCCCACCCCUCCCCAGCCCCUGCUCCCAGAGCCGGAGGUCGGAAGCGCGCGCCCAGGGCAGGGAGUGGGGCACGCGGCUGGCUCCGCCAUAUCUGGGGUCUCCCCUCCGUCCGGCCCGGGGGUCCCAACGAGGAGACACGUGAAACCAGCGGACCCACAGCCCCCAGUGCUCCACCGGGCGAGUCCCUGCCUUCCAGGCCUCAGAGAUCCCCGUUGUCGAGGAAACUUCCCUCAGGCCUGAGGAGAGCAGGCGUCGCUGAGGAGACUCAGCCUCCAGAGGCUGCGGCUGAGGGGGCUGUUCAGCGGCCGGCGAGUCCCCCCGGGGGGGCCCAGCAACGGCCGCUCGAAGUCACACAGCUCACCCGGGGAAGAGCCCGCGACCCCACACCUGAGCCCCUGGCUCCCUUCCCCGCCGCGUCCCCGGGGUCUCCACGCUUCGCUCUCGGGGAGUCCCCGCUUCACACGCCGCUGAGGCAGUGCCGCGCGGCCGCGGCCGGUUACCUGCUCGAGGUAGCGGGCGCUCUGGCGUCGCCACCCGCGGGAACGUUGAUUCGGGUCACCUCGCUCGGCCGCGCCCCGAGGCCCCGCCCCCGUCCCCUGAAGACCGCCCCGCCCUCUCUCCAGGUCCGCCCCGCCCCCUCAGGUCCGCCCCACCCGACCGGAGGUGCGCGCCGACAGCGCGGCAUGGGGCGUGGCCGUCCGUCCCUGCACCUGAGCGCCCUGGGCCUGCGCCCUCGGCUCCUCCUCUCGCCUCUCCCAGCACAGUUCUCAGAUGCACCCUCUGGAAGGAUCUAA